AUGUCAGCGUCCAUCCGCCGCGCCCCGGCUCUCGUUCGUGCCAUCUCCACCUCAGCCAUUCGCAGCGCCGCGGCUGCUCCUGCAUCGUCAACCCAGGCGAGUGGCAGCACCUACUACAAGUCGCGAUACGCGCGUGCGCCGUCGUCAUCAGCCGCAGCUGCCUCGUCUGCGACCCCGGCCGCUGUUGCUGGACAGGCUGCACCAGCGAGCUCGCCUGCUCGCCGUACGGCUUACACGCGGGCACCUGCUGCUGCCACCGCCAAGGCUGCACCUGCGCCUGCUCCUGCGGCAGCCCAGCCCGCUCCUGCCGCUGUGUCGUUUGCCGAGGCUGCCUUUGACGACUUUGACGACGCCGACUUCCGUCUCCCGGACCAGCAGAUCGAGGACUAUGCCCAUCUCCAGCGCAAGCCCGCCCCCGCCCCCGCGCCCGCAGCCGCUGCUCCUGCUUCUUCGACUGCCGGCGCCACAUCCUACGCUGCGCGCCGCAACCUCCCCGCCGCCAGCCCGCCACUCACCACGCUCCCGGACGCAAAGUACACCCCUCUCCCGUCGGCGCCGGGUCCAUCCACGCCUCCCGCGGGCUCGGGCCAGCUGGGAAACACCGUCAUCAUGGAUGGAUACGUCUUCAACGGCGGCAACCCCAACCCUGUUCCCGAGUCGACUCGGAUGCCCGGAGAGAUGGUGACGGAUGACUGGACGACGAGCUUCCGUGGUCUGAGUGAGAGGCCGUUCGACAGGGAGGUUGCCGAGGCGCUCUUGCGGCCUCUGCACCCGGACGAUGUGGAGAUUAAGCCUGAUGGCCUGCUCUAUCUCCCCGAGAUCAAGUACCGCCGCACCCUCAACGCUGCCUUCGGCCCCGGCGGCUGGGGCAUGGCUCCUCGUGGCGAGACCCACAUUGGUCCCCGCAUCGUGUCGCGCGAAUGGGGUCUCGUGUGUCUUGGUCGUUUGGUCGCCAUUGCCCGUGGAGAGCAGGAGUACUUUGACCCCUCGGGCGUGCCUACUGCCACCGAGGCGUGCAAGUCGAACGCGCUCAUGCGUUGCUGCAAGGACCUCGGAAUUGGAUCGGAACUCUGGGACCCCCGCUUUAUCCGCGAGUUCAAGGCCAAGAACUGCGUCGAGGCCAUGGUCGAGCACGUCACCCAGAAGCGCAAGCGCAAGCUCUGGCGCAAGAAGGACCAGAAGUUUGAGUACCCUUACAAGGAGAUCUCGGCUUUUAGCAAGUGA